UCAAAACCAGUGUGUCAUGCGCCUGUCAUUAGCAUAGUGUUUUGGCACUUUGCUACUCGUCGAAACUUUUAGAAAAAAAAGACGAAACUGUUCAAAAUAAACGUUAACACAAACUUUAAAUGACGUAAUGGAUCGAGAUAGAAGUAAAGAUGCCUCUGAAGGUAUUGCUCCUAUGGGAAUACAGGCACUAAAUGACACAGUGCUCAGUAAUCAGCCAGAGUCUCGCUAUGAAUGUCCCGUGUGCCUCAACUGGCUGCGAGACCCGGUCAUAACAACCUGUGGACAUAAGUUCUGCAAGAGUUGUAUUACUUCAUGGUUACAGAACAGUGGCCACUGCCCUAUAGACAACAUAAACCUGAGCAUGAAAGUGGAUAUAUUCCCGGACAACUACACCAAAAGGGAGAUACAAGAACAGAGAAUGAACUGCCCAUUUUCUACUAAAGGUUGCACAGUAAAAGUAACACCUCUAGACUUAGAUGCCCACAUAGCAUCGUGUGAGUACAACCGCCCGGAGACGUCCACACAGCCGGAGAUCAGGGUGCCUUGUUCCUUCCAAGCUGUCGGCUGCAAGGAGACGUUUGAUAGCCAGGAGGAUAUGAACCACCAUGCGGAGACUGAUGUGCAGAAACAUAUGAGUCUCCUAAUGAAUGCGUAUUCAGAAAUGAAGAUCAAUAACGACAUGUCGAACGCGAGUAUUGACGCUAAGGAACAGGAGGCCAUGACGCUUUGGGAAGCGCCCGACAAGGACGGCAACCAGGCUGCGGCGCCGCCACUAAACAAUACUAGCGCACUUAUAAGGGCACUAUACGAGAGAGUAGUAGUACUGGAACAAAGGAAUCGUGAGCAAGACAUAGUGAUAGCGAACAUGUCCAAGCAAUUAUCAGCCUUCGCGGUAGCUAAAAUGAAACAAAACAACGACAUGUUCCUUCGAUACUGCAUGGGCAACUAUGUGUGGAAGAUUGACAACUUUAAAGCAAGGCUCGAUGCUAUGUUACGGGAUCAUUAUAAAAUGCUGUACAGUCCCGGGUUUUAUACGUCUCCUAAUGGUUAUAGAUUCUGCGUCCGCCUAAACAUAUCACCGCAAAACCCUCAUUGCUUCGCCCUCCACGUGCACUUAAUGAAGACAGAGAACGAUGACUGUUUAGACUGGCCGUUCAACGGACGCAUUUCCUUCGCCAUGAUCAACCAGUACAACCCUGAACUGACUCAGAAGGACACAAUGAUGUCCAACUCCUCGCUGAUAGCCUUCAGGAAGCCUACCGCAGAGAUCUGUGUUCGAGGGUUCGGGUACACAGAGUAUGCGGUCGUCAGUGACGUCAUAAGGAACGGGUUUGUCAAAGAUGAUGUGCUCAUAUUCAGAGUGGGUAUCCGCUGUGUAUGACAUGAGGAGUAAGUUUUUUGUUCAGUGUUUUCUCUUUUGUUUUUGUUUUUGUAGGGUUGUGCAAAAUGAUCUACUUUUUAAUUGAAUUUUAAUAAAAUUGUUAUGAAUUAUUUAUACUGUAUAAUUAAUCAAUUCUGUAAGUGUGUACCUAUCUGAAUUUUAAUAUAGAGGAAUCACACAUCAAGGUACUCUUCAGUCUAAACACUUUUCAUCUUAUUUGUAAUAAAGUAGAAUACGUAUAUUUUUUCUACUAUACAACUCUACUGUAAAACUAUUUUCAUUUUCAUCUAAAGAUCGUUUUGCACAAUUCUAAAACAGUACCCUUAGUACGAGUUUGGUUUACGUUUAAAGUUCGGCGCUCUGAUUGGUCGGUUUAUUCGAGCCAGCCAAUCAGAGCGCCGAACGCGCUUUCAUUUCAUUUACUUUAAACGUAAAGCAAACUCGUACUAAGGGUACAGUAUAGAGUAAUUGGCCAUGUACUUAAUUUAACACAAAAGUAUUAUUUAUGAAUUUGUGCAGCUCAAAAGUAGAUUAACUACGUUAAUAUUAUUCUCUGUAUACAUAGUCUGAAUAUACAUUCCGUCCAAAACUUCCAUAAUGUUUUUCUCAAAGUUUUUAAUCUUCUCUCUCGUGUAAGUUAAUGUACGAGAGGUGCCUAUAUUGUAGAACUAGAUCUGUUAUUUAUUAUGAAUCUCUAUUGUAUAAACUGUAUAAAAAAUUAAAAUUAUGUAUAUGUACUUAAAACGUCAGAAUUUAUAAAGUAUUUAUAAAUGGGAAAACAUUCCGUCCAUGCCCCAGAGAAUUAUUAAAAUUAUACAAAAAGUUAAAGACAUAUGUAUUGUAGAAUAAGAGUAAUGUUUGUAAAAAACGUUUUUAUGAUGUUCGUUAAAAUUUGAUGUCGCAAAAUCAACUAAUGCACUGAAAAUAAUAGUUAUACAUUCAAAUUGUUAUCUACUGACUAGUUUAAGAAUUAAAGUGUAAAAUAAGAUCUGGAAAUCAGUAUUUUUACGUAAUAUGUACUUACUUACAUUCCACUUUGUGAUAAUCUGCAAAUUAUACACGUUUUUAGAAUUUUCUAUAUUAUAAUAUUUGUUUGACUUCUGACUGUCGGUGCUUAUAUGUACCUAAAUAUAUUGUUUUAUUUGUUAUUCAAUAAAAGUAUACACAAAA